UUUAACAGGCUGCUCGGCGUGACGUCAUUAAUAUGCGUCGCGUGUUUACAUCAGAAAUCAGCUCCAGAUUGCAUAUUUUUUAAGCAAGACUACGGUGUAUUAUUUAAUAUUAACAUACUCUGAUAUAGGUUUAUAUACGGAGUAAGAAAAUUACGUUUAUUAUCAGAGACAUUAGCACGAUUCCACUUUGUUUCCGAUCAGCUUUUGGCAGAUGUCCUGUAACUAAAAGUUGUCGGAGUUAAAAAAAAAAUUGAAAUAAGUUAUUGGUAAACCAUUUAUUCCAAGGCUUCACUCCGGAUUAAUAUGGCAUCUGAAAGCUAAAUCUCAGCUAGAAAAGACAAAGCAUGGACAAAGAAGAUGAUUUGGAGACACUUGGAGAACAGCUGUACUCUCUGAUUUACCCCAAACACAAGGAGAAUGCUGCAAAACUCACAGGUAUGUUACUUGAGCUUCCAGUGGCUGUUCUUAGCCAGAUGCUGCAGGAUGAGGCCAUGUUGACAGCAGCUGUGGAGAAAGCUCUCAGAGCCCUGCAGCUAGCGCCGAAGUCCAGCGAGGUAGCGCGUGGCGACGAGGACGAUGUGUCCGAGGCCUCCGACUCUCUGGGGGAGCAGCUGUUCGAGUUGGUGGAUGUUUACCGCACUGGCCACUCGCAGAAGAUAACAGGAAUGCUUUUGGAGCAGCAAAAAGAGGCCGUUUUGCAGCUCUUGUCGGACCCCAAACUGCUGGAGGAACACGUCAACCUUGCCCUGAAGACAUUGAAAGAGCAAAACAUAGAGGAGACAGACCUCAGCGACGCGUCAGAAGCUGACGAGACAGACCGGCUAGGAGAGAAGCUCUUCUCAUUGGUCGAACAGGUGGAUCCACUGCAUGCAAAUGAUAUCACAGGUAUGCUCCUGGAAAUGGACUCUGCUUCUCUCCAUCAGCUGCUAGCUGACCGCGCGAAGCUGGACGUUGCAGUUAAAAAAGCACAAGCGGCACUAGGCAGUGAGAGCUAAGAUGGAUUUGAUAAACGAUGAACAAUGAGAGACUUUGUGUUGCCGGCGCUGCAACGUGAACCGGAUACGAACACAAGAGAACAGAGUCUGAGACGGCAUUUCUUUAGACAACGCAUCUUUGGAUUUCUCCGAUGUUUUUGUGUCAGCGUCUCAUGAACGACAACGAUCCAGCUCUACUCCUGUCAGUCGGUGCCAAACUUUCACUGAAGAUCUUUUUGUGGUCGAAAUCGUUUACAUUAGUGCACAACAGAUGAUUUCUUGCUGUGGAGAUCUUACUCUGCAGUAAGAGUUGCUACUUUCAUUUUUGUAUUAUAGUCCAAAAAUGUCAGCUUCUAUAAAAUCCAGUCUAUUCCCAUUGAAACUAUGUCAAUAUAUUGAAUUAUAAAUAUGGUUUUAAAUACAUUUUGAGAUUGAAUAUUGCCCCAAUAUUAGUGAAUCGGUUAUAUUGAUGUUCAUCAUUACCAUUUCUUAGCUUUGGGUGCAGUUUCAGCAGAUGAUCCUGCAAAAGGAGGUGAAAUACUGAGAGACUUGAGCAAAUAUUUUAUUAACUGUUCCCUUGCCAACACUGGUGGACUUCUGUAAAUAUGUAGAAUUGCUUACAAAUCGUAGCCUGACUGAAUUGGUUAUGUGCAUCCAAGGCAAGAAACAUUUCAGGGUGAAGAAAAUAUAACAUGCUGAUCUUUUAAAAGUAUAUAUUUAUAUAAUUUAAAGCAUGUCUUCUAAACUAUGGAGGAAAAAGUCUUCAUGUUGAUUGUUUUGAGGUCAGAAUGGUUGUUACUGGUACAGAAGAGCCCUUCUAGAAAGCUUUUGCCCGGUUGCGUCGUUUGUUAUGAAGGAAUGGCGGCAAUGAUUGCAAUACUUUCAAAACUAGUAUUUUUAACCCUAAACACUUUAUUACUACAAAAAAAUAAAUAUAUGUGAUAACUGCUGUCACUUCCCGCAUGUCUAAAACAAGGUAAUGUGGAUCAAUUUGUCAGCUUAUUCUGAUUUUAAAUAAAAUGCCACAAUUCAUACACCUGA